CCAGUAUCUUUGGGGGGUAUUUGGCAGUAAAAACUAACUUCUCUGACAGGCCACAAGCAAAGCAAGGCAUGAUUAAACCGAAAAUUUGAAAGCCGAAAGCUGAAAAGUCUCAAACUUUAUCCAAAAACCCAGCUCAACUCUGGUCAACAAAACCCACCUUCUCGUCUAAGAUACCAAAACUUCCUUACAACCUUAAAUACAAACACUCACUCCUAUAUAAACAAGACAGAAACCUGAAAAACCCAGAAGAGAAAGAACACCAAAGUGAUCCAAUCCUAUCUUUUAAAAUAAAAACAACAAGAAAGAUGAGAAUUACUGUAAUGACAGCAGAUGAACAGAUCAUAUCUCUUGAAGUUGAUCCUCAUGAAUCUGUUGAGAAUUUGAAAGCUUUACUUGAAGUUGAGACACAGGUGCCUCUCCAGCAGCAGCAGCUGCUAUAUAAUGGGAGGGAGAUGAGAAAUAAUGAGAAAUUGAGUGCAUUAGGCGUUAAGGAUGAGGAUUUGGUCAUGAUGGUCUCUAAUGCUGCUGCUCUUAGUGCCCCCUCCAAUAAUUUGGGCUUAAAUCCUGAUGGAUCUGCUGUGAACCCUGGAGCUUUCCAGCAGCAACUUCGAAAUGAUUCUAAUGCAAUGGCUCAACUAUUACAGGCUGAUCCUGAACUUGCCCAAGUUAUUCUUGGAAAUGAUCUCAACAAACUCCAGGACCUUCUAAGGCAACGCCAUCGUCAAAGAUCUGAAUUACGUCGUCAACAAGAAGAGGAGUUUGCCCUCCUUGAAGCAGAUCCCUUUGAUGUAGAGGCGCAGAAGAAAAUCGAAGCUGCCAUUCGUCAGAAAGGAAUCGAUGAGAACUGGGCAGCGGCCUUGGAAUACAACCCUGAAGCUUUUGCCAGAGUGAUUAUGCUGUACGUUGAUAUGGAAGUUAAUGGUGUCCCUUUAAAGGCAUUCAUUGAUAGUGGUGCUCAGUCCACAAUAAUAUCAAAAAGCUGUGCUGAGCGAUGUGGAUUGUUAAGACUUCUAGAUCAACGUUAUAAAGGCAUUGCCCAUGGAGUUGGACAAUCAGAGAUAUUGGGUCGUAUUCAUGUAGCUCCAAUCAAGAUUGGGAAUAUAUUUUAUCCUUGUUCCUUCAUGGUACUGGAUUCUCCUAAUAUGGAAUUCCUCUUUGGGCUUGAUAUGCUUCGCAAGCACCAGUGUAUUAUUGAUCUAAAGGAGAAUGUUCUGAGAGUGGGUGGUGGUGAAGUUUCUGUCCCAUUUUUACAAGAAAAGGACAUCCCACCUCGUUUUCUUGAUGAAGAGAGGUUUUCAAAAGAAGCAUCCAGCUCAGGAAACCCAGUGACAUCAGGAAAAACGGAGAAGAAGAAUGAUCCACCGGCCAUGGGUCAAUCGUCAGGGGUUGCACGCAGCAGUGUGACACAGGGACCUGACUUUGAAGCCAAAGUUGCAAAGCUUGUUGAGCUGGGGUUUGGAAGAGAGGCAGUUAUACAAGCUCUUAAAUUAUUUGAUGGAAAUGAAGAACAGGCUGCUGGGUUUCUUUUUGGCGGCUGAAUAACAAUUAUUCAUUCUUUCAACAAUAUUAUUCAUUGUGGGGAAUAAUAUUCAUUUUAGUUAUCCAAUGACUUUACAAAUUGAAGAAA